AUGGCGUCCACGAAUGAACCAACGUGUGUCAAUGUGCACGAGACGACGCAAGAAACUCCUAGAUCUCGGUCGGCUAGUCCAUCAAUCCAAUCAAGUGGGUCCACAGCCACCCAGGUUCGCUUCUCUCAAUCAGAGGAAAAGUCCCGUGAGAACAAGCUGCGGCCUGCUGGAGUGACAGUCAUGGCAGACAUUAUCAAUCGCAUCAUUUGGGAUUCGAGCUUGAGUCCCGAAAAUUAUGUGAUUGUUUUCCUAGAUCGAUUCCAGGGCGAACUGGAAGUAGGCUUUGAUAGCUGGAAGAAGGAAUCUACGGACGAAGAGUUCAUUCCCCAACAUCGUGUUCUGUACAUCAGGCACGUUGAUGGUGAGAUUAUUUGGGACCGACGCAGACGGAUCGAUAAAAUCUUCAACAGUGGAAAUUCAGCCUUCCGUGAGCUUGCUUUUCUAGCCUGA